AUGCCAGUACGGGGUAUACUUCCCAUGACUUGCCACGCGCUGGUGUGGACCCUCGCGAUUGCUUUCCUGCUGUGGGCGACGGGAGCUAACGCUGGUGCCGCCCAGUACGACACCGCCACCCCGCACUCCCCACCGUAUCACAAGUACAGAAAUGUGUUACCGCAUUACAACAGUUAUGACCGAGGUGACGUCAGUGAAUCUAUCGACCCAGAACCAACGGGCUACAAGAUCGCGCCCUCCGAGCUUAUUCUCUCCGGUCUGCGAACUAUUUUAGAUGUGGUUAGAAAAAUGAAUAAGAAGAGAUUGACUAGCAAGACUCCGGAAAAUCCUUUGAAUACAACAGCCGUUCAGAUGCCUCGAGCAAGAACGUCCAAUGGUACGUCAUUGGAUAGCGGGCGAGGUUUCGAGGAUUUUUACGAUGAGCACGGCUACCACGACCACGACCACGACCACGACCACGACCACGACACCACGACCACAGCAAAGCCAAUGAAGCAGGGUCGGUACACUGAUCCCUGGGCCGGCUACUACGAUUGGGUCAUUAACGAGGGUUCUUUCAAAUUCUGGAGCGUAUUUCAGCUUUUUACCGCCGCUCUUCUUCUGUACGCGUGUUUGUCGGCCAUCUACUAUGCAAAAUUCAACCCUAUCCUGCCGGACUACACUAUGGAAUACGAUGACUACUUUUUGGAAAGAACGGUGGGACGAAACGCGAGGAGUGUAGAAUCCUGGGAACUCCCGUCAGGACUCAGCUGGAUGAACGCGCGCAACUUCCAAUUCAUUUUGGACGCUAUAGCGACGCAUUACGAAGACCAA